AUGGGCCCGAUUGAAGUCAAAACCCAGGUGGCGGAAGCACCUCCAACCAUCCAGGAGGAAUGGCUACCCGAUGCCCAAGAUGGAAAUACUCAGGAGCACAAUCUCAGCCUCAGGGAUGCCAUCAAGUUAUAUCCCAAGUCGAUUUUCUGGAGCAUGGUCAUGUCAGCGGCCAUUUUCAUGGAAGGAUACGACACCAUGCUAAUGGGGAACUUGUUCGGUCAAACCACCUUUCAGAGACACUACGGGCAACAUGUCAAGGCCAACAAAUACGAGAUUCCCGCCAAAUGGCAGGCCGGGCUGAGCAACGGUUCCGCAUGUGGCCAGAUGAUCGGUCUUCUACUUGCCGGGUGGGUGAGUGAGCGAUUCGGUUUCCGCAAGACAAUGCUUGCGGGUCUGAGCAUUAUCACCGCUUUGAUCUUCAUCCAGUUUUUUGCUCCUAGCCUGGAGGUCCUCGAAGUUGGUCAGGUUCUCUUUGGAAUUCCCAUGGGUCUGUUCCAAACUCUGCCCAUCGUCUACGCCAUGGAAAUCUCGCCUGCUCGUCUGCAGCCGUACCUGACUGUCUGGGUCAACUCCUGCUGGGCCAUUGGACAUCUCAUCGGAGCCGGGAUUCUUCGCGGAGUUCUGAGCAUCGAAAACGAGUGGUCGUACAAGAUCCCGUUUGCCAUUCAAUGGUUUUGGCCCGUUCUCCUCAUCCCAAUCCUCAGUUUCGCUCCUGAAUCGCCUUGGUGGCUCGUUCGACAGGGCCGACUGGAAGAAGCGAAGGUGGUGCUGAGGGGUCUCCGAACCGACGAACGAGGGGGUCUUGACAUUGACAAGAACGUGGCUUUGAUGGUGGUCACCAUUGAGUACGAACGAAGGGUCAAUACCGAAACCUCCUACCUGGCUUGCUUCAAGGGCAUCGAUCUACAGAGGACUUUGGUCCCGAUCGGUAUCUACUGCAUCCAAACUCUUAGCGGCAAUCCGCUCCGCUCUUACUCGACGUAUUUCUUGGAGCAGGCCGGCCUCCCAACCACCCAGGCAUUCAACAUGACAAUUGUCAACUAUUCGUUGGCCCUUGUCGGUGGAUUCGCCGCGUGGGCUCUCCUGCCUAUCUUCGGCCGCCGAGUCAUCUACGUCUGGAGUCUCGUCGCGAUGCUGUUCCUCAUGAUCAUCAUUGGUGCUCUAGGCAUUCCUCAGGCUCACUCGUCCAACACCUCUUACUCGUGGGCCAUUGGCGCUAUUCUCAUCAUUACGUCCUUCCUGUAUAACGCCACUAUGGGUCCCCUCACCAACACCAUAUGCGCCGAAAUUCCGUCAGCACUCCUGCGCAGCAAAGUGGUUGUCCUCGCCCGAUUUUGCUAUACUAUCUCGAGUAUCAUCGCCGGCGUGCUCACGCCGUAUCAGUUGAACACAAGUGCCUGGAACUGGGGCGCUAAAACCGGGUUCUUCUGGGCAGGAGGUUGCCUGAUCUCGGUCAUCUUUGCAUACUUUUGGGUUCCGGAAUCCAAGGACCGGACCACCGCCGACAUGGACAUUCUCUAUGGUCGGAAACUGGCUGCUCGCCACUUUUCCAGGGCUGAGGUCAACUUGGUAGAGGCGGUCGUCGAAAAACAGUGA